AUGGGUGUUCCCAAGUUCUUUAGAUGGCUCUCGGAGCGAUAUCCUGCCAUUUCGCAACUCAUUGCAGAGAACCGAAUACCCGAGUUUGAUUGCCUUUAUCUCGAUAUGAAUGGUAUCAUUCACAACUGCACCCACAAAGAUGCUGGAGAAGAUGUUUCUUUUCGCCUCUCAGAGGAGGAAAUGUUUAUAAGAAUCUUCAACUACAUUGAGCACUUGUUUGGCAAAAUAAAACCCAAACAGCUCUUCUUCAUGGCUAUUGAUGGUGUUGCACCAAGAGCAAAAAUGAACCAACAACGGGCCCGUCGCUUCCGUACCGCUCUGGAUGCUGAGAAAGCCCGCGAGAAGGCCAUCAAAGAGGGCGUUGAGAUGCCCAAGGAAGAGCCAUUUGAUAGCAAUUGCAUCACCCCAGGAACUGAAUUCAUGGCGAAGCUAUCGCAGCAGCUGCGAUACUUUGUCAACAAAAAGGUCUCGGAAGAUGCCGACUGGCAAGGGUGCGAAAUUGUUCUUUCAGGCCACGAGGUCCCUGGCGAAGGAGAACACAAGAUUAUGGAGUACAUUCGAAACGCAAAGGCACAGCCCAACUACAACCCCAACGUGCGACACUGUUUGUACGGAUUGGAUGCGGAUUUGAUCAUGCUGGGUCUGCUCAGCCAUGACCCCCAUUUCUGUCUUCUCCGAGAAGAAGUCACCUUCGGACGAGCAUCCAAGGCCAAAUCCAAGGAGCUUGAGCAUCAAAACUUCUAUCUGCUUCAUUUGUGCAUUGUACGAGAAUACUUGGAAAUGGAGUUUCAGGAACUACAUCAAGAGGGAACGUUGAGUUUUUCAUUUGAUCUCGAAAGAGUUAUUGAUGAUUUUAUUUUGAUGGCUUUCUUUGUUGGAAAUGAUUUCUUGCCAAAUCUCCCUGGUCUUCACAUCAACGAGGGCGCAUUGGCAAACAUGUUUAAAAUCUACAAGGCGGUUCUACCAACUUGCGAUGGUUACAUCAACGAGAAUGGUGUUAUUAACAUGGCUCGAUUGGACAAGCUGUUGACGGAGCUAAGUAAGCUUGAGUUAGUGUCAUUUGAACAUGACAUUUCAGACGAAAAGUGGUUUGCAUCGAAGCAAAUGGAGAAGAAACUCGAAGCGAAGAACGGAGGAAGCAACAAGAACGCCAAGACUGGACAGCUGAUCAUUACUUCGUUUCAGCGCGAUCUAUGGAAACAGAAGAUCCGUCCCUUCGUCUCGAAACGUUCCGCCGACGCCUUGGAUCUCGGUAUAACUCUCAAGGCGGCGGACCGCAAGUUUGCCCAAGAUAUAGCGGAUGCAAUGCACCUAGAUUGGUCUACCAAGGAAAAUGAAAAUGGCGAUCGCCAUCUUGUGCUGUCAUUUCCUGCUCGACGAGGAGGUGGUGAAGACGAAGAUGAGGAUGAAGAGGAGGAGGAAGGCAACCUGGCUGCAUUUCGUGUCAUUAAAUCAUAUGACAAGGCUUUGGUUGUCGAUGUGACAUCGGAAGAGGCACAGCAGCAGUACGAAAAGCUCUACAAUGAAAAAUAUGCCGGCUGGAAGACCAAGUAUUACUUGCAAAAGUUCCCGGAAUGGGCCCCGGAAAAGUAUGAAAAGGAGCAAAUCGACCUGUGCCAAAACUAUGUCCAAGGCCUGCAGUGGGUGCUCUUCUAUUAUUAUAAGGGCAUCGCUUCGUGGCCCUGGUUUUAUGGUUACCACUAUGCCCCUCUAAUCUCCGAUGUUGCUAAGGGCCUCAACGCGGAUCUCAGCUUCAAAAAGGGACAACCUUUCAAACCAUACGAACAGCUUAUGGGUGUGUUGCCUGAUCGAAGUAAGAAGAUUGUGCCCAAGGUGUACCACGACCUAAUGACGAACCCCAAUUCACCUAUUAUCGACUUUUAUCCCCGCGACUUCGAACUCGACAUGAAUGGCAAGAAAAUGGAAUGGGAAGCCGUUGUUAAGAUCCCCUUUAUCGAUGAAAAACGACUACUGGACGCUAUGGCCCCCAAAAAUGAUCUAUUAGAGGACGAUGAAAAGUCACGAAACGGAUUUGGUGUUCCGAUCAAGUUCACGUAUUCUGCAGAUGUCAACUUCGCAUAUCCAUCUCCGCUGCCAGGGAUCUUUCCCGAGAUCCAAAGCUGCCACUGUAUUGAGAACAUUUUCGACCUACCUGAUAUGGAAGGUUUGGAGUAUGUCUCAGGCUUGGCCACUGGAGCUUUGGUAAAGGUUGAGGCACUGGCAGGAUUUCCGACGCUGCAUACAUUGCCUUACACCGCCCAAAUCAUCGAAGGCUACGGUAUCAACGUCUUCCAGCAGGAUAGCAGAAAUCCGAGUAUUGUUGUCACCCUGACUGAUACAAAUCUGCGCACGAGCAUUGAAACUUUCAAGGCUAAAUUGGGCCAGCGAUGCUAUGUGGGCUACCCAUUUCUUCAGGAAGCUAAGAUUAUGAAGGUUCAGGACGAGCUCUUCUCGUAUGAGCUUGCUGAAAAUGGCCAGGAUGUAGUCGUCAAGGACCAUUCAAAUAGAGAAGCUUCUGACUUCUCGAAGGAAGCCGAAUAUUUGGAGAGUUGGCAUGCCAAGCGUCUGGGCGUCAUUGUCGGACAAGUAGAGUGUCUUGUACAUGUGCACAUGCUCAAAGGUCUCCUCAAAACUGAAGAGGGCGCGCUAAUCAAGGAAUACGCCGAAAAUCCCAGCGUGCGCAGUGUCUAUGCCUCUCAGACCGUUGUGGAUGAAGUUGUCAACGAAGACGAGAGAUUUAUCGAGAAGGAGGCUCUUCCCAUCGAGGAGGAGUUCCCGCUAGGUACCAGAGCCUUUUUCCUCGGUGAAUAUGCUUAUGGCCGGCCCCUCGAGGUCACUGGUCAUGUCAAGGGCAAGACGGAAGUUGUUGUUUCCAUUCCGAGAAAUAAAGAACCCGAGUUCUCCAAGAGGAUUAUUCAUCAGGCCGAGCGCACCAAUCCUUACACACCAUCCUUUGCUGUGGCGAAACAACUGGGCGUGCACCCCUUGGUACUGAGCAAAAUCACCUCAUCCUAUCAAGUUAGCACUGCUGCAGGGCUGAAGCUAAAUCUGGGCCUCAAUCUCAAGUUUGAGGCCCGCAAGCUCAAGGUCCUGGGAUAUUCACGAAAGGCGCACACUGGGUGGGAAUUCAGCUCCUUGGCAAUAAAGCUGAUUGCUGAUUACAUGGUUGCGUUCCCCGAUUUCUUCGCAGCCAUACAGAAGGGAGCACAGAGAAGUGACAUCUGCGAGACCGACCUGUGGAACGACCCUGUCGUUGCCUCACAGCGCGUUAAGGAUGUUGUUGCUUGGUUGAAGAAGCAGGAAACAAGCAAGUUCGAGCGAGUGCCACUCGAGGCUGAGCAACUCGACUCCGAAGUUGUCACGGCUUUGGCCAAUGCUGGCGAGCAAGUGUACCAAGCGUCCCAAGACAUUGAUAUCAAAAAACUCAAGGGCGUCCCGCGUGCGGCAAUUUUGAAGCCAUCUGAUGCAGAGUUGGUUCUGGGCAAUCAGAACUUCAGCUUGGGUGAUCGUGUGACCUUCGCUGCUUCGGCCGGAAAGGUACCCAUUGCUACACGGGGGACAGUAGCGGGCAUCAGUAGAACUGCUACCGCCCUGCUUCUUGAUGUGGUGUGGGAUACAUCAUUUAUGAGUGGUACAACUCUGGGCGAACGAGCUCCCAUGUUCCGAGGCCAAACUGUACCAUCUUCAUCCGUGUUGAAUACGACCGACAAGCAAGUCAUCUCUGCGUCCAGCAAGUCUCAGCAGAAGCGAGCUACAUCGACAAUAUCCACAGGAUUUUACGGAUCUGUUGGUGUUCCCCAGUACAAGGAUGCUCCCGCUCCCGCUCCUUUACGUGGUGGAUGGCGAGGUGCUCUCAACGGCAGUGGUCAUAGCACUCCCGGACGAAACUCUCCUAGUAGAGGAUCUCCCGGUAGAGGUAGAGGCAGCCCGAGCAUGGGACCCCAACGCGGCGGCAGCAAUGGGGCCGCACCCAACUUGCUCCACAGCACACUGGUGUACCGUGAUGGUUCCAGUAGGACUCCUCCGGAACAGACUGCCAACGGGACGACUUGGCGCGGCGGCGGUCGUGGCAGAGGUCGUGGCAGUCACCAUGAGACGCCUAGCCCACAGCCUGGUAAAUACAGCAGCGUCCCACCUCCCGCGAGUCUGGAUGGCAACGCUGGUGGACGGGGCCGUGGCCGAGGCAGAGGUCGCGGUGGCGCGAACAGAGGAAGAGGAGGCAAUGGACGGGGGGGAACUACUCCCCCGGCUCGGAGCUAA